AAAUGUGCUUUUCUUUCAUAAACAAGGACUAAUAAGUGACCCCAAACUUUUGAACGGUAGUGUAUAUAUAUUUAUUGUUGUACUUUUAACCCCUUUUUCUCCCUAAUUUUGUGAUACCAAAUUGGUAGUUACAGUUUUGUCCCAUCGCUGGCCGAGAGCCAUGCGUCCUCCAAAACAUGAACCUGCCAAGCCACACUGCUGUUCUUGUAUAGAUUUACAGGAAUUUGUUCUCGUGGUACAGUUUUAAAACUAUUGUAUUGUUGGAUUAAAAUACAUUUGAAAAUUUUUGAUCAUUUUUGCAAGUGUCAGAUUCACCACCUGCAUGUACAUGUUUUGUCCUAUUCCUAUACACAAGGGGCGCUGUUUUUUCUUUGAACAUGACCGUUUUUCCCACCCAAACAACAUCCGGGUUGUGACCCAAUCCAUUUGUGUUUGUGAUGGUGGAUUUUUUUCAGUCCGAUUGCAAAUUAUUUUUUUUACGCAAACUUGCCAUUAAUUCCCACGAUUUUGAUUGAAUAAAGGGGGAAAUAACUCAAGGAAAUAGUUAUCGUGUAAGGGAGAACUAGCUACGCUUAUUGUUCUGAUGUUAGUGAGACACCUCCAGUCAAAUCACAAUGAGUAACAACAGCCAUCCUUUGCGCCCACUGGCCUCUGUGUCAGAGAUUGACCACAUCCACCUGCUGUCAGAGCAGCUGGGCGCCUUGGUUCCAGGUGAAGAGUACAGUGAUGUCACCUUCGUUGUGGAGGAGAAACGCUUCCCCGCCCAUAGGGUCAUUUUGGCAGCACGAUGUCACUACUUCAGAGCUCUGCUGUAUGGAGGGAUGAAGGAGUCCCAGCCGCAGGCGGAGGUGACACUGGAGGAGACCCGAGCCGAGGCUUUCUCCAUGCUCCUCCACUACCUUUACACGGGCCGGGCUAGCCUCAGCUCAGCCCGCGAGGAGGUGCUGCUGGACUUCCUGGGUCUGGCCCACCGCUACGGCCUCCAGCCACUAGAGGACUCCACCUCUGAGUUCCUGCGCACCAUCCUGCACACGCACAACGUGUGUUUGGUGUUUGACGUGGCCAGCCUGUACUCUCUGGGUGUGCUCAGUGAAGCAUGCUGCGCCUACAUGGAUCGGCAUGCCCCGGAGGUCCUGGCCUCGGACAGCUUCCUCACGUUGUCCAAGACUGCUCUGCUGACUGUUGUACGGAGGGACUCGUUUGCAGCGAGCGAGAAGGAGAUCUUCCAGGCGCUGUGUCGCUGGUGCCGGCAGAACGGCGAGGGUGGCGCCACGCAGGAAGUGAUGUCGGCCGUGCGGCUGCCGCUCAUGAGUCUGAUGGAGAUGCUAAACGUGGUGCGUCCCUCGGGACUUCUCAGCCCAGACGACCUGCUGGACGCCAUCAAGACGCGCUCAGAGAGCCGCGACAUGGACCUCAACUACCGCGGCAUCCUCAUCCCAGAAGAGAAUAUUGCCACUAUGAAGUACGGAGCCCAGGUGGUGAAGGGAGAGCUGAAGUCAGCGCUGCUGGACGGAGACACCCAGAACUACGACUUGGACCACGGCUUUUCAAGACACCCCAUAGAGGAGGACGGCUGCGCUGGCCUCCAGAUUAAGCUGGGCCAGGCCUACAUCCUCAACCAUAUCCGCAUCCUGCUCUGGGACAGAGACAGCCGGUCUUAUUCUUACUAUAUUGAAGUGUCCAUGGAUGAGCUGGAUUGGAUGCGUGUUGUAGACCAUUCCAAGUAUCUGUGUCGCUCUUGGCAGAACCUCUUCUUUACACCACGUGUGGCCAGGUACGUGCGCAUUGUAGGGACGCAUAACACUGUCAACAAGGUCUUCCAUCUAGUGAGUUUGGAGUGUAUGUUCACACACCGCUCAUUCACUCUGGAAAAAGGUCUUCUCGUCCCCAAUGAGAACGUGGCUACCAUCGCGGCCUGUUCCAGUGUCAUCGAGGGGGUGAGUCGGAGCAGAAAUGCCCUGCUCAACGGGGACACCCGCAACUACGACUGGGACUCUGGCUACACCUGUCACCAGCUGGGCUCUGGGGCCAUCGUCAUCCAACUGGCUCAGCCUUACUCUAUAGGCUCCUUAAGACUACUACUGUGGGACUGUGAUGAGCGAUCCUACAGUUACUACAUUGAGGUCUCCACCAAUCAGCAGGAGUGGACAAAGGUGGUGGACCGCACCAAGGUGCCAUGUCGGUCGUGGCAGACACUCAAAUUCGACAAGCAGCCUGCCUCUUUUAUCCGCAUCGUAGGAACUCACAACUCCGCAAACGAGGUGUUCCAUUGUGUCCACUUUGAGUGUCCGGCCCAGUCUGACGCGGAGGUGAAAGAGGGCAGUCCUGGGCAGGAGUCCAGUUCCACAUCCCAGAACCCCAGACCUGUUCGGCCCUCCCGUACCCACAGCCUGCUCCCCUCCCUGCCCUCCUCAUCCUCCACCUCCUCACAACCCCACCUCUGAGAAAAGGAGAAACCCUCAAGGCCACCAUUUUGCACAACCUUUAUCUAUCACACACGAUGCACUGCUAAAAUGCUGCUAAGCAUACUAUCCAUUUUGAUAAAAGAUUGGCUUCUAUUGCAAUGAUGAACAUGUUUUUAGGGCCCUCAUACAGUCCUCCCUGUCUGAAAUGAUAGGCAAUGUUGGGGAAAAAGGGCUAUGGAGUAAAUUUGUCCAUGCAUGUUCCAUGAAGAUAUUGGCUAAAAUUUGCGGCCAGUUUCAGGGAACUCAAUAAGAACCUUUCAAAGCCUAUGGGCCAGGUGCUAUCCAGACAGUGGAGGUGUAAGCAGUACUGCUUGUCCAAAGAUUAACCAAUGGAAUACAGCAGUGAUGUUGGCAAUAAUAUCACAUUAAUGUUUUUCUUCUCAUUUUAAAAAAAAAUUAACAAUCACAAUUGGAACAAGUUUUUAGAUUUGUCAUCAUUUCUAUGCUUUUUAAGUAGUUUAUUUGCACUUGUUGGUUAACUAGAAUUAUCAUGUUUACCUAUGGUUUUUAUUUGCUGAAUUCAUUCGCUUCACCCCCAUUGGGCUAAAAGACGAUUACUGUCUUGGCUUACAGUAGUAUGGCUGAGCAGCACUUCAAUGUCUUGGUUCAAAUUGUUUGGUAUAUUCCUAAGCAAUAUUUAUGGUUUAUUUGCAGAGUCUAACUAUAUUUGUCACUUUAUUGUUCCCCAUAUUUACUGUAAAAGUUGUCUCGGUCUACUAACACAACUUUACAGUGCUGGUAAUAGCUAUUUCCAUGAAUGGAUUUGUUUUUGUCAUUUUAUUAUCCUUACCUUUUGAUUAACAUUUCAAUUGCUGCUUGUGUUUACCUCUCACUUGUCAAUGAUUUUGUUUGUGUAGUUUUAUUUUGGCUCAAAGAUUUAUCAAUGCUAUGCUUCCUAAUCCUCCUCCUCCUAUCCUCACAUUUUCCCUCUUUGGUUUCCUGGCUCUUAAUAUGGCUCUUUCCUCUUCCAUCUCUAUUUUGGUUGAUUUCAUGUAGAUUUGACCAAUCUUUUUGAUAUUUUCACAUUGCUGCUAUUGCACAAGGGAUGAACAUUGACUUAAAGCAAAUUGUUGUUAGUAGAAAGCAGAUUACCCUUCUCAUAUCUAUAUUUUCCAUUCUCGUUCCUGAAUAGUUUUGAUUGCAUUUUGUUGUAUUUUCUUACUAUAGUAACGUCAUUACUGUCGGUUGCUUGUGUGUUAUUCUAUAUCACUGCCAUUACCAUACAGUGGUAUUUAUUUUCAAAAGAGGUCUCUUUUGUAGAUGUUGAUAGAGAUUCAGCAGAAAGGUCUCAAUGUUUCACUGUUCAAAUAAUGGUGAUUGAUUUGUAAAGUCAAAAAAGUUUGCACUACUCUAGUGGGCACCAAUAUUUUUUUUUUCAAAUAUUGUGUAUGGAAAAUGUAGUGGCUCAAAUGUAUGGAAACGGCAUUAUGUCAUACGACUUAUUUUGCAGUACUUAGCGUUAGCAACCCUCAAACUUGAAAGACCAAAUGUUUUUAACAUUGCUGAUUAAUACAGGUGUUGAAUGCAGCCUUGGACAUCCAUUCUCAUGACACCCUACCCAGCUGGCACUCAAGCUUUUAAACAAUGCUGUAUUAAACUUAUCAUGACUCAUGUA